AUCCGUCGUUUUUUAAUCAAAGUUCCCAAAGAAAGAAAACAAGAUGGAGACUGAGACUGGACCAGACGUCGUUGUGUCCCAAUCACGUGUGACGGUCCACCAGCACAAGGGGAUUACCCUUCCCAGUCACGUGCUUCCAGAGAUGGUGGAGGAUCUCCAGUCCUUCAAGUUUCGACCAGAUGAUAUCCUGAUAGUAACAUCUCCCAAAUCAGGAACCCAUUGGGUGACUGAGACUACAGGACUCAUCAUGGCCGAUGGGGUUUGGGAGAACGUUAAACGAGACACCAUGAAAAACCAUCUCGAGUUUGCUAUCAUCGACAAAGAUGCAUUCGAUGAAAGUGUUCCUCUGGUCAGGUUCUAUCAACAGUUGGACAAGAUGCCGUCACCACGGAUUAUGUUCACCCAUCUUCCUCUUGAGUUGCUACCACCUGGUGUAUUCGAUGCAAAAGCAAAGAUAAUUUACAGUGCCAGGAACCCAAAAGAUGUUUUAGCAUCGUUGUAUAGAUUCGUCGGAAAGAUGCCAGAGUCCAAUUUUGUAACAUGGCCUAUGAUGUAUGCUUCAAUCUUCACUGAUCAACACUUUUAUGGUCCUUGGGACAAGCACGUUCUCUCGUAUUGGAAGCAAAGGAACGAGGAAAAUGUUCUCUUCUUGAAAUACGAAGAUAUGAAAAAGAAUCCUGCUAAGAUCGUCACUCAGAUUGCCGAGUUCAUCAAUCACCCAAUCUCCGACGAUGUCAGAGACGUGGUCGUCGAGAAGACCUCCAUCGACCAAAUGAAGAAAGAAAUGAAGAGACUGGAAGAGACGGAAGAAGAUGGUUAUCUCUUCAGCAAGGCAUACGGCAAAUUCAACUAUUUCCAAAAGGGCGUCAUUGGAGACUGGAAGAACUAUUUUACAGUGGCUCAAAGCGAAGAAUUCGAUAUGGGACUGGAAGACAGACUAGGUGAAUCUGGACUCAAAUUCGACUGGGAAUAAUUUUGUGGGCUCAAACUUUAUUGAUUUAUAAUUCUACAAUACGACUUCAUCUUGAUUUAAUACGGAGAUGUUGUGUGGCAAACGAGAAACAAGGUUGGCAGACCUAUCUUGAAUUAUUAAAAAAACGUCCACAGUAUUCAGCUGGGCUGGAAAACUAUUUGUAAAAGCAAAUGAUUCAUUUUGUGUUAUUCACUCAUAACUAAUAAAACAGGGUUACUACUCUGAGUUUCACGCCUUGCAAGCGAUCAUCAGGCAACUGAUAGCAUCUUUAAGUUAUCAGUUGCCUGAUGAUCGAUUGCCGGCGUGAAACUCAGAGUAGCAACCAUGUUCCAUUAGUCUGCCUUAUUCAAUUUUUUUUGUUGCUCUGCCUAGGCAUUGAGCACUGUACGGAAGGAUAGAGCAAACCUAAGUAUAUAUGUUUGUUUAUGAGUGUCUUUUUUAUUUCACUUUUUGAUCUUAAGUAUCUUUUUGUUUUUUGGCCCCGUGGAAGACCAGCAGCAACAAUACAGCAGCAGCAAUAUACUGUUGUCGCUGAUAAUAGUUUACCGUUAUUGUUUUCUUUUGACUCUCUAGAAUUUCAUUUCGGGAUCUUUAUUGGCCCCCUCAUAAGUUGGAAGAAAUUUGAAUUCUCAAACUCAUUUGGCUCGAUUCGGUGCAUGCGUUCUAGUAAUAUUUGACUGAAAAUUAUCGACUAUAGAUUCCAAUGGAUAUUUUUUUCCUGAAAGGGGAAUAUUUUAUGUCACGAUUACAAAGA